AUGUCUCAACAGAAGACACCAUUGAAGACUUAUUUUGACGAGAUAGAAGAGACCAAUGGUGACGAUGAAUGCAAGGCUUGGUUAAGCAGAGCUCUUGAUUCAAGAGAUGAAUUAGCCAUGUUUGUUGCUGGGCGCCGGGAAGGAGGGGGAAUUGGGACAUAUGUUGGUUUCCUUGAGGGUUCUUUCAACUUAGCCUUCCGCUUCAGCUUCACCGAUGAAGGGCCGGAUGCUAUCAUUCGGUUCCCAAAGCCAGGACACACGGCUACAGUCUAUAGGGAUGAAAAAGUGAUGAAUGAAGCCUAUGUCAUGGAAUACCUCCGCCAAAACACUGAUAUCCCUGUCCCUCGUGUUCACAGCUGGGGCUUGACUACUGAUAGUCCACAACAUCUUGGCCCAUUCAUCAUCAUGGAUUAUGUGAAUGGGACGCUCUUAUGGACUGUCUUGAAGCAAACAAACCAAGGAGAGGUGGUGCUACACCCGAAGCAACCAGACCAGGAAGAGGUGGUGCUGAAUCCGAACAUUGAUAACGCGACAUUGGACAAGAUCUAUCACCAAAUCGCUCGUUAUAUAUUCCAGCUCUCUCAACUUAGGUUUCCUAAAAUUGGAGCUAUCUCGAAGGACACUUUAGGGGCAUGGGUUAUUACCGGACGUCCGCUGACAUACAACAUGAACGAGUUAGCUACUGUCGCCGGCUACCCUGAUAGUCAAUUUCCAAUCGCACCGUUUGAUAGUGCAAUCGAGUAUCUACGAUCAAUCGCGAAUGAGCACCUGACCCAUCUUUGGACCCAGCGUAAUCUUACCGAUAACCCGGAAAUCGCUCAGCAGCGGUUCAUUGCCCGUCAUAGGUUCGCACAGCUCAUUUCAAAAUACUAUUCUGACGACAGCGGGCCAUUUACACCCUUCUGCGAUGAUAUGCGACCCUCAAACAUGCUUAUAGAUCCGAAAACACUCCAAAUUACUGCCGUGCUUGAUUUCGAGUUUACAAAUGCGAUGCCGGCUGAGUUCACCUAUGACCCACCCUGGUGGCUGUUGCUCUCGGGGCCAGAAAUGUGGCUUGAGCGCUGCUCGAUGGAAGAAUUCGUUACCCUCUAUGAGCCUAGAAUGGAGCAGUUCCUGCGAGCGCUGGAACGAGUGGAAAAUGAAUCUGAAUUCGAGUGCAAGCAACUCGGACCCUCGCUUUCUACACGCAUGCGCGAUUCCUGGAGGACUGGGCGAUUCUGGUUCAAUUAUGCGGCAAGGAAAAGUUUUGAUGUGGACAGUAUCUAUUGGGCUGCAUUACAUGACGGUGCAGGUUUUGAGUCGCUUGAGGACAAGACGCGUGCGGAGAUGGAGUCAUUCACGCGGAUGAAAAUGGAGCAGCUGGAAGCAUAUAAGGAGGAGUGUGCUGCUCGCUUUUCUUCGGAGAUAUAG